CGUUGCUGGCGGCGCCAUCAUGGGCGUCCCGGGGCUGACGGGCUUCGUGGAGGAGCACGGCGGGUUCCUGGCGGCCCUGCGGGUGCGGCGCACCAAGCUCGUCAUCGACGGGAGCAGCCUCUACCACCGGCUCUUCUUCACCUGCGGCGCCGACGUGCGCCGCGGCGGCGACUACGGGCCCUUCGCGGCGGCGGUGGGCGCCUUCUUCGGCAGCCUGCGGGCCUGCGGCGUCGCGCCCUGCGUGGUGCUGGACGGCGGGCGCGACGCCGCCGACGGGAAGCUGGCCACGCUGCGGGGUCGCGCCGCCGAGCGCCUGCGGGCGGCGCACGGGCUCUGCCGCCCCGGCGGCGGCGGCGGCGGGGGGCUGCUGCCGCUGCUGGCCCGCGAGGCCUUCGUGCAGGCGCUGCGCCGGCUCGGCGUGCCCCUGGCGCAGUGCUUCGCCGAGGCGGACCGCGAGAUCGCCGCGCUCGCUAACCGCUGGGGCUGCCCCGUCCUCACGCUGGACAGCGACUUCUGCAUCUUCGACCUGAGGGCCGGUUACUGCCCCCUGAGCCACUUCCAGUGGCAGAGCGUUUGCAGCGGCGACGAUGCGCUGGGCUGCUAUAUUCCUGCCAGGUGCUUUUCUUCCGAAAAGUUCUGCAGCCACUUCGGGCAGCUGAACAAAACUCUGCUGCCGCUCUUUGCCGUCAUGAAUGGGAACGACUACGUGAAUCUGCCCGCUCUCGAGAUUUUCUUCAGCAAGGUGCAGCUACCAGCUGGAUGCUGUGGCUGGAGGGGGAGGAAACAUGCCCGCAUUCAGGGACUUCUGAACUGGCUCUCCCGUUUUGCUGAGCCAGCGGAGGCCAUCGAAAACGUGCUGAAAUAUCUUAAGAAACACCAGCGAGAAGAAGUAAGGGAGCUCCUGCACACUUCAAUGGAGGGCUAUCUGCCAUCUGACGUGAAUCUCGAGGACUUUUUUCAGCAUGGAAAGUACGAAUCGCAGGCGGCCACGAAAUCGGACUUACCGCAGUGGGUACUUGAUGCUUUGGCAAAAGGUGAGCUGUCCCCAUUUAUCAGUGAUGCCCUAAUUUUAAGAAGCACCUUCCUUCAUGUUCAGGUGGAGAACAUGCAGAGAUCCAGCGCACAUAGCACAGCUUUGCCUAUUCGGCAAGUUAUCUAUGGACUACUUCUGAAAAUACCUCAUACUACUGAAGCUGCUUCUCCAAGUAAGCAGAUCAACAAGCUGCCAGUUGUAUGUGAAUUUGACAGAAUCCAAAAGACACUUAAAAAAACUUUUGUUCAAGCAGCAAGUCUACCCACAGAUUUUUGUGAUGAUCAUUUUCCUUUGGACAAAUUAAUGGAGGUGCCCAUGUCAUGCCGUCUAAUGCUUUUGCUGGAGACUCUAGGAGUGAAGAUGAGUAUCCUGGAAUCUGUCCCGAGUCACUUACAGCUCCCUGUUGCUGUAACCUGUUAUUGGAUACGUAGUUCAGAACCAAAAGUGAAAUUGCAUCAGUUAAAGGCUUUACUUCUAAUGCUAAUAUUUGGGGAAUGGCACAGCACAACAGAUGAUCCAGAUCCCACAGUUUUAUGUUUUAAAGAUGGCAGCAAGAAGGAAAAGAAAUUGCAAAAUACAGACUUUGAUUUAGAGGCUGCACACUCUUUUUGCCAGUGGCAGUGCUGUCUCCAGAUGGGAUUUUAUCUCAACCAGCUACUCUCUUCUCCUCUCCCUGAGCCAGACUUAACCAGGCUUUAUAGUGGGACCCUUGUGCACAGACUGUGUCAAGAGCUUAAAUCAGCACCUUCAGCAGAAAAUGUAUUAUCUCCAGAAAUGACUGAGUUUUAUCAGGAUUUGUUAAAUACAGUGAAGUCGACUGUACCACCAGACUUCUUUCAGAAAAAGACCAAGACCAGACCUGAAUCCUGCAAAAAGAAGAAAUCGUGUAGUAAGACAAAGGCCAGCAGAUGUGCUAUACUGGAAACUCAACCUUUAUGUGAUGUUAAUAGAUUUGCAUCACUCAAAGUGGAUGAUUGAAAGUAUUAUUCAUGGAAUAAUUUUUAAUGCCAUAGAGCUGUAAAAAGUACGUAUGUGACUGCAUUUAAAUUUGCUUGGCUUUUUUCACAGAAGUCCUUGAUUCAUCUGUAUCUACAGUUACGUUUUCUGUAGGUUUGGUUUUUUUUGGUAACAGGUUCUUUAAAAAAGCUUUUAUACAGCGCCUUUUUCAUAGGUAUCAAAAUCAGCUUGAAAAUACAAGAAUAAAGUAGUUUGGCAUUUCGGAUGGGGACUACUUUAGAGUAAUUUCUUUCUCUUUGGACGCUUACUGUUGGAUAUUCAUCCAACUCCUCAAACACUUCUAACACUGAGACCAUCUAAUCAUUAACUCUGUUCCUCAAACACAAGUUUAUGCUAUAUGAUUUAUAGUACAGAGGAGAUUACAAUGAAAAUUGACAAGUUCAAAUACAUUAUAGAAUCAGUCUUUGACAUUUCAGGUUACAUUUUCAGGGACAGCAAACUAGUGAAAAUGGACUAUAUGUCAGUUUCUGUAUGUUAGGUACUGAACGCAGGGAGGAUUUUUUUUUUUUGUUCUUCCUUUUGGUGUAUUUAAAUAAGGACAGGAAGGGGUCACUAUCACAUGGUAGCUCUGUGUAAGCUAUAGUGAACUUGCUGUAGCCAGAGUAACUGUGUACAACCUUCAGUCAUUAAACUGUCGUCAUUCAAGUUGA